AUGUCAUCGUUGGAGAUAGGAGAUACGAAGAACGCUUCUGAAAGUUCAAAAGAUCAAAAUGCUGAGCAAGUAGUUACUGUAUUUGAUCUGGCGUCUGAAAUUGAGAAGUCUUUGAAAGACGUUAUGCACCAAGUUCUAGAAAAUGAUAAAGAAUUUCAAGAAAGAUUUCAGUCGAUCGAAGAGAAGCUCAAAGCCAUGGAAUCACAGUCAACGUCCUCAGACUACUCGUGA